UAACGUGCCACUCGAUCCAGCUGCCCUCUACCCUCUACGAAAAACGGGAGGGAACCUCCGAACCCUGCUAACCCAUCCUGAGUGCCUGACCCAUUACCCGCAUCCGAAUCCCAACCCACGACUAGCCCAGCGCCAAAUAUGGCCACACCCCCACCCGGUUCGACCGAAGGACCACUGCAUCGGUCGACGAGUCCGGCCACGCCUCACGCCCCGCCCUCACCCGCCCCUGCCGAAGGUCGGCUGUUGAAAAAGAUGCGGGUUCUGCGCGAGCAAUACGCCCAUCAGUUUCAGGCGGGAUCGGCUCUAUUUUGGGCUUCCCAGGUCCUAGCCGGAACGGAAGGUCAAAACCCGGCCGAUGUGAUGGCCUUCAGCCAAUGUCUAUACCAAGAUGGCCAAUUUCAACGCGCAGCCUUCGCCUUGACCUCCCGGGGAUUAGAGCGCACCCACCUGCGGGCCUGCUACCUGACCGCCAAGUGCUACUUCAGAGCCCAAGAUGCCGAAGAAGCCAAACUAUGCUUGGAUCAAGGGCAUCAGCUCAUUCUCAACGCACGCCAUCAACUCAACCAAGCCAACCCACCCCCCGAACUCCGACAGAGCCUGAGCUCCAUAUACUUGCUCAAAGGCCAGAUAUUAGCCAGCUUGGACAAUCGCAUUUUAGCCGCCGAGGCCUUCAAAGAGGCCUUGAGUCUGGAUGUGCAUUGUAGUGAAGCCUUUCAAGCCGUCAUCCAGCAUCAGAUUUUCACGGCCGACGAGGAACGCGAAUUGCUCAAAUCCAUGCCGUUUAGCGAGCAAUGCGGCCAACCCGAUGACGAGGAGUUUGUGUCAUUCUUAUACCGGAUUCAGUUGAAAAAGUACGAUCAGCCCGCGGAUUUGGUCAUUCCGGACAAAUUCAAGAGUUUAAGGACUAAUACCGAAAUUCAAGUGCACCAGGCCGAGCGGCAUUUCUAUAAUUGUGAUUACAAUCAGUGCUUUAAAAUCACGUCUAGUUUAAUGUCUUUAGAUCCAUACAACGGCAAUUGUCUUCCCAUUCACGUCUCCUGUCUUAUUGAACUAGAAAAAUCCAAUGAUUUAUUUCACCUGGCCCAUAAGCUCGUGGAUCUCUUCCCAGAAUGGGCGGGUGCGUGGUUUGCGGUGGGAACAUACUAUUACCUAGUUGGGAAACACGAAUUUGCCCGACGAUAUCUCAGUAAAGCGACUCAUCUUGAUCGAGUCUACGGGCCCGCAUGGUUGGCUUAUGGCCAUUCUUUCGCCCUUGAAAGUGAGCACGAUCAAGCCAUGGCCGCGUAUUUCAAGGCUUGCCAGCUUAUGAAAGGGUGCCAUUUACCGUUGUUAUAUAUUGGAGUUGAGUAUGGUUUGACCAAUAAUGCCAAACUAGCUGAGCGAUUUUUUACCCAGGCUUUGGAUAUCGCACCUCAGGAUCCAUUUGUUUUGCACGAAUUGGGCGUGACAGCAUUCCAAAACAACAGUUUUCCAGAAGCCGAGAAGUAUUUUCUCCAAGCUUUGGCGCAAAUGAAGCAAGUGAACGGAUCGAUCAUGAGCUCUAAAUGGGAACCUCUGCUCAACAAUCUUGGACAUUGUGCUCGGAAGUUGGGCAAGUUCGAUGACGCGUUGAACUUCCAUCAAUUGGCCUUGGUGCUUCAGCCCAUGUCAGCCUCCACCUUUUCCGCCAUCGGAUUCGUUCACUCUCUCAAGGGCGAUUUGUUGGAGGCUGAAGAGGCCUUUCACAAGGCUCUGGGAAUCCGGAGAGACGAUAGCUUUUCUACGUCAAUGCUCAACAAUGUCAUUGAACAGAUGAUCAGCGAUGAACCCACUUUCUCUGGCGUUCCGGAGGAGAUCCCAAAGUUCGACCCGGUGAGUGGUGGAUCGGCCACUUUGAUCGGAGACCGAAAUUCGCAAUCUGUGGAUUUGAGCACAACCAACGCGACCACCCCGGGCAAUAAUACAAGUUCGUUCGACGUGGAUAUGGCGGACGCGAGUGCGAAUAGUGAUUGAUUGAUUGAUAGCAGUGGAAAUAAAAUCCUACAAAUCGU